AUGGGGAAAUCAAUCUCCCAGCACAUGCUGCCUGAAUAUGAAGUCAUCCACUUCAUCCUGUCAUAUGAGGCUGCAGAGGCUGAGCUCCCGCAUCUGCUUGCAGGUCGCGAUCCUCAGUCUCGGAGCCCCAAUGAGAUCGGAACCCACGAUUACAGCCGGCCUCCUCGCGCGGUCAUCUUUGGUCGCGGCUAUGAGACUCAGCAGGUUGAAGAGCUUAAGAAGAAAUUCGCAGGUGUUGCUAAAGAACCCGUUGCAUGGGUGAGGGGAAACCCAGCGGAUUUGCCUGCCGGGGCCGCUGGGCCUGACUAUGCUCAGAAUAUCGCGGCGGAUAUGAAGAAGGUGCUUAAAAGAUGGAGGGACGGGGGAGGAAAAGAUGAGGAGAUUUUGGUGUACUAG